GCUAGAGGGCCGCUUCCCUCAAAGCCCGGCCUUUGCAAGGCGAGAUUCCUGCAGGAGGCGAGUCGGACUUUGCUGCUUUUUGUCCUUCCUGCUCCGAAGGGGCUCCGGUCAUGCUGGCUGGCAGGAGGGUGGCGGUGCACGUCUGCAGAGGGGGCGGCUUCCCACAACGGGCCCUCUUCGAGCAGAGCAUCGUUGGCCAUUGCUGUCCGCCCCACGAAGACGGUGGCAUCGUAAACUGCAUUCUGAAACACCCCCAGUUCCUCGUUUCUGACCGGAAGUUUCCUGGCUCCACCGGACUCCUCUUGAAGCGCCCCCGCUUCUGCCCCAUCAAGCAUUUGACCGCAGAGCAAAGGGCUUCCCUCCCCGCAGAGACUCGGCGUCAGGGGGUGGAUGUCGGGGUGGCUGUUCUCCUGGAGUCGGCCAGCGGAAAGGUUUUGUUGACCCGUCGGGCGAGGACGCUAAGUCUCUUCCCCAAUACUUGGGUGCCUCCUGGCGGCCAUAUUGAACCGGAAGAAGAGUUGCUGGAUGCUGGACUGAGGGAGCUGCAGGAAGAGACUGGCUUGCAGCUGAAGGAUGGGGAAUUCUCCUGGCAACUGCUGGCCCUCUGGGAGUCUGUGUAUCCCCCACGGCUGAGCCAAGGUUUGCCGCAACGGCACCACAUCGUGGUCUACCUGCACUUGGCAUUGCACGAGAGCCACCAGCAGCUCCAGGCCAGGCUGAAGCCCAAUGAAGCCGAGGUCGCCGCUGUCGCUUGGCUGGACCGCCCCACCCUGGAAUGCAUUGCAGCUACGGAGGAUGGAGCAGAAGACGAGGCCCUGGGGUUGGGCAAAGGGGCACCAUCCACUGUCAGCAUCCUCGAACUGGAGAAGGGCUCAGCCAAGACCUUGGUGAUCCCCACCGCCGCCUUCCUGGGCACGGCACAAGGGGAAAACCUGGAGCGUGUCAGCACCGGGACCAAGUACGCCCUCCGGCAGUGGCUGAACAUGUCCUCCCUCUGAGCGGCCAGAUGCUCAAACACCUGGAAAGCAAGAGGAUCAAUCUCUGGGCAGCACUCCAAGGUCCGGCCGAUGCCUCUCGAGUUAACUUGGCAAUAUUUGGCUCCAACAAUCAAAACAUUCUUGUUUUUUGUUUUGGAAGACCGGAAGAAACUGUGUUCCAGUAAUUGUUCAGUUGCCAAAAGAUAACAAGUCUUUAUUUACAGUAGUGGCCAGAAUUGUGGAAACUUUUUGGGAAAAGUGUAUUUUUGAGGUUUGAUGGCUAAUAACACCACUUUUUUAGGGGAGUUUCAAGAUAAUCCUAUUCCACUGCUGGAAUGGCCUGGGAAUAGCCCAAUAGCCUUAACCCAAUUGAAAAUUGAUGGAGCCGACGAAAGAAACUGGUUAGUCAGAAGCGACCCAGCAAUAAAACCCAGUUAAUAGAAGCCAUCAUUCCAUCUUGGUUUCACAUUAGAACAGCUGCAGAACUAAAAGACUUGGUUCCCUCCAUGGGAAGACGUUGUAAGGCCGUCAUUCAUGCUAAAGGUUACCCCAACUAAGGAUUAACUGACACGGUGAUAAUUUUUGUAUAUCUCGUUUUUUCUAUGGGGAUCAUUUUUGUAUAUCUUGUUUUUUUCUACGUGUUUCCCUUCUUUAUACUGUAACUGCUAUUCUAAUAGCAAAUCCUUCAUAAAAGUGAUUGCAUUACAUUCUCGAUUAAAUUACCUUUCCAUUGAUAUAUAAUUUUAUGGUACUACUCCCCCAAAAAGAGGUAUUAUUAGCUACUUUUAGAAAAUACACUUUUCCCAAAAGGUUUCCACAAUUUUGGCCCAUUGCAGUGAAUCCUCAAUUUACAACUGCUCGUUUAGUGACGGUUCAGUUACAAAGGCGCUGAAAAAAGUGACAUGACCCUUUUUCACACUUAACAACCCGUGGCAGCAUCCCCAUGGUCACAUGAUCCAAAGUCAGAUGCUUGGCUGUAAAGGGCUGAUUUAGGGAUUUAAGACAAUGUGGUUAGGGGGCAAUUUCCUUAAUAUUUGAGUGUCUUUAGGUCAUUUUGUGACAACAGACUCAAUAUUAUUCAUCCUAAAAAGGACAUUGUGAAAAUCUGCCUUAAAAAGACACAGGGAUCAAAUUUUAUACGGUCCCUAACCAAAUACGGGUAGUCCUCGACUUACGACCACAGUUGCGGCCAAAAGGUAUGGUGCUAAGCGAGACAUUUGUUGGGUGAAUUUUGCCCCAUUUUACGACCUUUCCUGCCAGAGUUGUUAAGCGAAUCGCUGCAGCUUUUUAAGUAACACGGCUAAGUGAACCUGGCUUUCCCCAUUGAUUUUGCUCGUCAGAAGGUCUCAAAAGGAAAUCCCCUGACCCCGGGACACUGCGACCGUCAUAAAUGUGAGUCACUUGCCAACCGGCUGAAUUUUGAUCACAUGACCCUGGGGAUGGCUGCAACGGUCAUAAGUGUGAAAAAUGGUCCUAAGUCACUUUUUUUCAGUGAUGUUGUAACUGGUCACUAAGCGAACUUUUGUAAGUCGAGGUCUACCUCUUUCCUACAAGUACAGUAGUGGCCAAAAUUGUGGAAUCCUUUUGGGAAAAGUGUAUUUUCUAAAACUUGGCUAAUAACGCUUUUUUUUUUUUUUAGUAGUACCAUAAAAUUAUAUAUCAAUGGAAAGAUAAUUGAAUCGAGAAUGUAAUGCAAUAACUUUUAUGAAGGAUUUGCUAUUAAACAUAUAAACAUACGAACAUGUGAAUGAUUUUUUAAAUGUUAUCUAAUUCUGGGUUUUAUUUAAUUGACCAAACUAAGUAAUAAUUUUAAUUAGCAAUUUUAUGAUGUUUGUGUGUGUAUAUUUUUCUUGACUGUACACCGCCUUGAGUCCUACGGGAGAAAGGCGGCAUAGAAAUAUAAUUAAUAAAUAAAUAAAUAAAUAAAUAAAUAAAUAAAUAAAUAAAUAUUAGAAUAGCAGUUACGGUUUAAAGAAGAAAAGAAACGUAGAAAAAACAAGAUAUACAAAAAUUAUUCCCAUGUCACUAAAUACGGUACUUUGUUGGGUCACCUUUAGCAUGAAUGACGGCCUUACGACGUCUUCCCAUGGAGGGAACCAAGUCUUUGAGUUCUGCAGCUGUUCUAAUGUGAAACCAAGAUGGAAUGAUGGCUUCUAUUAACUGGGUUUUAUUGCUGGGUCAUUUCUGACUAACCAGUUUCUUGAGUCGGCUCCAUAGAUUUUCAGUGGGGUGAAGGUCUAUUCCUAGGCCAUUCUAGCAGUGGAAUAGGAUUAUUUUGAAACUCCAAAAAAAUAUAUGAUGUUAUUAGCCAUCAAACCUCAAAAAUACACUUUUUCCACAAUUUUGGCCAGUACUGUAUGUCGAUGAAGAUUUUCAGUCAUCCGGGUAAAGUUGUCGGGAAAUUCAGUCACGACAACCAGAUUUAUUUUCUUGUUUACCGACAAAUCAUAAAAACAAAAUUCUACGAGGAAAAAAAAAAUAGUGUGGUUACAUUUAAUUCUUAACUGCUUAAGUUUCAGUCGUUACCUUUAUUUCAAAAUGUUUUUCUUUUUUUUUUGAGGAAGGCAAAUAAUUCAACGUGAGUAAAUUGGUGCCACAGAUC